ACACGGAGUGAAGCGGUGAUGGCGGCGGACGAGACCUGUGCCCCCGGCUCGCCCCGUCGGGAGCCACGAGUAAGGCGAGUGUCCGAUGCCAAGCUGGCUGAGCGAGCCCGGCCGCGGCCUCCAGGCCCCGUGACCACCGGACCGAGCACCCUGGAACGGCCACGGCUUGGCCUCAGGACAGUCCGCGAGCUCACCGACUCCCUGGUGAACGCCGCUUGGCCGCCACCGCCGACGCAGGACCCGCGAGAAGCGGAAACCGGCGCUAGAACCCGGUCCCCGCGGCGCCGUACGUGGAGUGAAGCUGCGCUCCGCCCCGCGCGCUCCGAUUGGCUCUGGGGCCUGGCCCGCCCCUUCUCGACACUGUCAUUGGCCUAGACAAAGCCGUAGGGGUGGGGAAUCCUAUUGGCCCAGGGGUGCGGCUUGUCCUCUCCGGAUGCUCUCAUUGGCCGAGUGCGGCCGUGGGGGGUGAGGCCGCGUCGGGGCAGGACAACAAAGGGCCGCGGGCGGCGGGCGGCGGUGUCCCAGUCUCCCGGUGCUUCCCUCAGGCCGAGGCGCCCGGCCUCCCGCCCGCAGCGCUCCAGAUGAAGUGUGAGCACUGCACGCGCAAGGAAUGUAGUAAGAAAACAAAAACUGAUGACCAAGAGAAUGUGUCAGCCGAUGCACCGAGUCCAGCCCAGGAAAAUGGAGAGAAGGGAGAAUUCCACAAGCUGGCUGAUGCCAGGAUAUUUUUGAGUGACUGCCUGGCAUGUGACAGCUGCGUGACUGCAGAGGAAGGAGUCCAGCUUUCCCAGCAAAAUGCCAAGGACUUCUUCCGUGUUCUGAACCUUAACAAGAAAUGUGAUACCUCAAAGCACAAAGUGCUGGUAGUGUCUGUGUGUCCUCAGUCUUUGCCUUAUUUUGCUGCUAAAUUCAACCUCAGUGUAACUGAUGCUUCCAGAAGACUCUGUGGUUUCCUCAAAAGUCUUGGGGUGCACUAUGUGUUUGAUACGAGGAUAGCUGCGGAUUUUAGUAUCCUGGAGAGCCAAAAAGAAUUCGUGCGUCGCUAUCGCCAGCACAGUGAGGAGGAGCGCACCCUGCCCAUGCUGACCUCUGCCUGUCCUGGCUGGGUCCGAUACGCCGAGCGGGUGCUGGGUCGUCCCAUCACUGCCCACCUCUGCACUGCCAAGUCCCCCCAGCAGGUGAUGGGCUCGUUGGUGAAGGAUUAUUUCGCCAGACAGCAGAACCUGUCUCCAGAGAAGAUUUUCCACGUCAUCGUGGCCCCUUGUUAUGACAAGAAGCUAGAGGCUCUUCAGGAAGGCUUUCCCCCCGCUUUGCAUGGCUCCCGGGGCGCUGACUGCGUGUUAACAUCAGGUGAAAUUGCUCAAAUAAUGGACCAAGGUGACCUCUCAGUGAAGGAUGCUGCCAUCGACACUCUGUUUGGAGACUUGAAGGAGGACAAGGUGACGCGCCAUGAUGGAGCCAGCUCGGACGGGCACCUGGCACACAUCUUCAGACAUGCGGCCAAGGAGCUGUUCAACGAGGAUGUAGAGGAGGUCACUUACCGAGCCCUGAGAAACAAAGACUUCCAAGAGGUCACCCUUGAGAAGAAUGGGGAGGUGGUGUUACGCUUUGCUGCGGCCUAUGGCUUUCGAAACAUCCAGAACAUGAUCCUGAAGCUUAAGAAAGGAAAGUUCCCGUACCACUUUGUGGAGGUCCUCGCCUGUGCUGGAGGAUGCUUAAAUGGCAGAGGCCAAGCCCAGACUCCAGAUGGACAUGCGGAUAAGGCCCUGCUGCGGCAGAUGGAAGGCAUUUACGCUGACAUCCCUGUGCGGCGUCCAGAGUCCAGUGCACACAUGCAGGAGCUGUACCAGGAGUGGCUGGAGGGGAUCAACUCCCCCAAAGCCCGAGAGGUGCUGCACACCACAUACCAGAGCCAGGAGCGUGGCGCACACAGCCUGGACAUCAAGUGGUGAAGUCAGGCCAGGGCCUUCCAGCUGCUCUUGGGGCCAGAGCUACUCUCAGUAGAGGGAGGGGCUGCCUUGAGUGGAGUAUUAAAGACACUUAAGAAAACUGC